AGUCUGUAUCAUUGAUCUAUCAUUUUAAACUCUGGGCCAAGUAUGGUCGGACAUUGAAUGCCAAUCCACCGGUAUAGGGCCUAAAACUUGAAUGCCAAUCCACGGUAUAGGGUCACCGGUCAUGAGGCUUGGAGCCGAUGUUGGCGACAGGUAAGCAAUACUAUUCGUUGUUAUGCUUUUUCCUAUUCCCCCUCUGCACAAAAUCUUGUAGAAUCCGCGUCUUCCCUAUGAUAUCCGUUUCUGAUUUAAGAGGAAGCCGAUUUGAUAGAUAAGAUUGUGAAAUGGGCAAAUUCAAGAGAUAAUAGUAGUUCCUUCCUCAAGAAACCUAUUCUUCUUCGUCGUCAAACGUAAGAAUCAUCCAUCAACGCAUUCAAAUGAAAGCUGCCAAAGUAUCUACUAAAAACUAUUCCACCCGUGACUGCAUUCGAACCUACUGUCACACUUUAAAUUCCUCCCCACCACAUGACUUGCCAUCCACAAUAGCAUCCCUCGUUGUUCAACCCGAACUAUCACACUGAUUGUUUUCUGAUCUUCGUAACCACAUACGGUUUUAGCGUUUGGACCGGCCUCGCAACCUACAAACCUAUGCCAUGAAAGUGUGUGUGCGCGGGAGCUUCUUUUGUUACAAGAUUCCAUGGCUGUUCUAUCUUCCAUUCAUUGUUGGAAUCGGUGAUCUCGGAAAUUCUUGGAAGUUCAUCAACAUGCCUCCAAGAGUAAGGGGAAGAGGCAAAGUUCCCAUGCGAGGGGGACCGUCGACAGCAGGACCAUCUCAUAGACGCACUCCAUCGGCGUCCUUUUCUACCUCUGACUCUCACGAUCUGUGGGCUCAACCUUUUGAGCCAGCAAGACAUUCUGUCUCGCUAAGCUCUUCACCUUCUUUCCACCCGUCUUUUGGGCCGCUAGUUCCAGACGAGCCCCAACACUCACACCACUCUCAACAAUCUCAUGAUUCUCACGAGUCUUACCAAUCGCACCACUCUUUGCAUUCCCAUUCGUUUCACCAUUCUGAUUCCCUCUACUCUCCGGGACAGUUCAACUCAAACGAUUAUGUUAACAACUUGCUUGGCUACAACCCAUUGGGCCCUGAGGACCAUUUUUCUCAGGAGAUGGAAAUGGACGAUGAUCCAGAUCCGGAGAUGCAGACACCGGGCCACCCAAUUAGCAUACCAAGUGAAUCUCCAUUUCAGGGAUCACCUUACCAUGGGCCCGACUCGUUUCAAGAGAAAAUGGCCACAUAUAAUUGGUUCUUUACCCCAUCAUACCAUAGCUCUCCAGCCCAACCACCUUUGGUUGAACCCCAACUCCAAGCUGUUUCACCACCACCACUUCCUGUUGAGGAGCCACCUCAGCAGCCACCGCAACCACCUUCCGAGCCUCCGAGGCAAAGGAGGAACGCACGUAUAUCCGUGUGGGGAGGACCUCGUUUCAGUUCUCCCCAGGGUUCGAGUUCUUAUCCCCUAUUCCGGAGGACCCCCAGAAGGGUGGGCCCUCGAACGCGGCACCUGAGAUUGAUCCUCCGCCAGUUUCAUUUGCACCACCUCAGCCGCCUAUGGGUUUUGAUAACCCUAUCCCGACCUAGCCAGGUCCUACUGAGUAUAAUCUUUUUGAAAACACGUCGGGAUAUCCAUCGGAUUAUGGAACUCAAGACCCGUACCUUACAGCUACACAGUAUUAUCACCUUUACCCUUCUUCUUACCCUCCGACUCAUCCAACUGGAUACCCGGUUCAGGGUUAUCAGUACCCGUCGUACCAGCAACCUCCUCCUCAGUAGCUACAACAGCAGCAACAGACUCAGGAAAUCCUGGAGAGGUUAGAUAGGGUUGAACACAAGGCUAGGAAGAACAAGGAGAAGCAUAAUAGCUUCAUGAAGGGCCUUGCAAACCUUAUCAAAGGGAAGAAGAAGUAGGGGAUUGUUAAAUUUUCUUGGUUGUUUGUAAUCAUGUCCCUGUGUGGACAUUUGUUUAAUUUCAGUAUCAAAGUCCCUGCGAGGACUUAUUUUCUUAUUUCUGUAAGCCCCUGCGUGGGCAGUUUGUCUUUUCUAAGUCUCGUUUAGGGCACCUGUACUUGUUUCAAGUUUAAUGAAGUUUUAUCUUUGGUUUUUAA